GGUCCACGGUAACCAUAGCAACGAGGCUGUUUGUAAAAUGGCGUCUCCUCACAGGCGAUGACAGCAGCGCGAGGUAAAGAGUCAAAAUGUCUGAGCCACAAAAGUCAAAAUACAACAAGAGUCCACGUCUAAGAGAAGACACACCACGCGCUACACCUGACAUUUUAGUUUGUGAGCGCGAGGAACGUUUUUUCAAGUCUCUCUACGAGUUUAUCGAACAUGAGAAGCAGUUCCUGCAGUGUCCAGCAGAGGGCGCCGACGAGCUCCGCUACUCCAUCUACCGCUCAGUGUUCAACAAGGUGAUUUGUCGUGCGACGGCCUACAAGCGUCUGCUGUCGACCAUAAAGACAGAAUAUGACGACGUCGUCGUGGAGCUGAAGAGGAGGGAGGACGACGUCAGGGCGACUCAGCGAAUUCUGACGACCUCUGCGUCACAGUCAAGGUCACUUUACACCUGCAGGAGAAGAAGACAGCAGCUGAAGGACAGAAUCUGUGAACUUCAGACGGAAACGUCUCGACUUAAAGACGAGAUGAAGAGACAGAAGUCUUGGACAGAGCAGAGACACUGGAUCCCUGGUUUGACCGUUGCUGAGUCUCAGGAUCCUGAAGCUCUGGACAGACAGCUGAGACGUCUCCAGGCUCAGAGGACAGCUCUGCUGGACACCAGGAGUUGUUGCGUGUCCCUGGACGUCAAAGACCAGCUGGACACCGAGCUGAGGACACAUGAGCUCCGCAGAGACGAGCUGAGCACAGAGAACAAGCGUCUGAGCAUCCUAUGGAGGCGUCUCAGGUCUGUGUGUGGACGUCUGUCUCACUGGGAGGACGACGAGCAGCAGGUCCCUCUGGAGGACCUGCUGUCCUCUAUGCUGGAGGACAUGAGACUGAGCGGAGAAACAAACGGGGACGACGUUGAGCUGUUUGAGGACGAAGAACCGAGCGGAGUGAACGAGUCUGAGCUCGUCAACGAUCACGUGAUCAGGUUCAUGGACUUGUUGAGUUCAGCUCAGUAUGAAGACGCAGCGUUACUCGCUGCCAGAUCUCCUCAAGGAGUUCUGAGGAACCUUGACGUCAUGGAGCUGUUUAAAGGUGUGUCGCCCCCCCUGGGCUCGGCCCCCCCGGGCUCAGCCUCUCCCCUCCUCCUCUUCUUUCAGGCCCUGCUGGUGACUGUCCCUCCUGGUGUCCAGCUGUCCCCCCCUCUGUCCUCUCAGUGCGUCCUCAUGGCGCUGCGUCACGGCGCCUUGCGCCUCCUCACUCACGCCGUCACACAGAACAAACUGAGCUUCUCUGAGCAGCUGGGCGACGUCCUCACUGAGCACGCUCAGCAGAACAUGGGCGUGGCCGACCAGUGUCUGGCGCUAGCAAGCGUCGUUUACGAGGCGUGUGGGCGGAGCAGGAAGUCUGCACUGAGCAUGUGCAGAAGAGGCCUCAUCCACAGUGCUGCAGAGUUCAUGGAGCACAACCUCACAACAGAUGAUAUCAUUUGGGUUCUAUGUCGCUCGCCCAGCCUCUCUCUCCUCCAGCUGUUGACGGAGCGCCGGUCUUCAGACAGGUGUCGCAGAGCGGCCAUCUUGUCAGUGGGCGUGGCCUGUUCCACUCUGCUGGCCGCUGACCCCCCACACCAGGAGGUGGCGCUGCAGCUUCUGGACGGCUUGGUCCAGCGAGGCCGAGAGGUCCUAGAGGACGUCGUCCUGGAGGACAGCGGCUUCUCGGUGGACACUUGGACGGACAUCACGUCUCUCUGCUCCGCGUUGAGACGGGACGACCUGAGCCGGACUGUCCUGGCCGUCCUGCUGGACCAGAGCGGGACCAGAGUCCUGACCCCGGACCUGGACGGCGCUCGUCUUAUGGAGCAUGUCUUCCUGUGACAGUUUGACUUUAAACACACAAACUGACACGACUUCCUGUUGUAAGAAUAAUA